UGUCCUACGUGCAAUUUUGCCAGCUAGCUUGCUAACUGCACUCACUAACGGACCCACCAACCAACAAAAUACAACUUUUAAACUGCAUUAUGAUUUGAACACGCCUACGCUCGUCGCCUCUGCUUGGAGUCCCAUCAAGGUCUGAGUCUCCCGCUGUGACCGAAGGCGAUGCCUCAACACCAUUCAUUCUCAGGCAGGCACUCAGGACACAAACACACACAGUCGCAGCGCUCCCUGGACAACUUUUUUGAAACGGCAUAAAAGCGUGAUGAUGACAGAAGAAAGCCGGGGAAAACGAAGGAAACAAGCCAACCCCAGGAGAAACCGAGUGGAUGCUGAGCAAGUGAGUUCACUGGGAUCUGAGGGGGAGGAUGAGGUGGGCCUGUGGAGCCUGGAGCCCCAGGACUGCCAGGAGAGCCUGGACAAGACAAGCCUGACGCCCAGUGAGGGGACGGAGGAGCCUGGCAGCCCUGCUCAAUCCACACGGCCGCUCAGCCUCAGCCCUGGCAGCAGGAACUACUGGGCGCAGGUGGAGCCGGAGACCGAGGCCACGGAUGACGGGACCGCCAUCUCCGCCACCGACAGAGAGGGAGACCAGGAACCAUUGAGGAUGUACUGUAAGACCUCAGACUCCCAGAAUGCCUUUGAGGACCUGGCCCAUUAUGAAUUCCUGGCCCAGUUGAGGAAGGCCUCUACCUCAGCCAGUCUCUUGGACCAUCUGACCCAUAAUGGCACGGCAGCUGUGUACCACCCAGGCAGCAGGCACGAUGAGCUGCCACCCGCCAUCUGGUCACCAGGAGCUCAGCACCGCUCACCUGAGGGAGCAGAUGCAGGGAGGAGCCAGCAGGCCUGUCCGUUCUGUCACAGGAUGUACCAGCGUGGAGCCUCUCUGAGGGACCACAUCAAGUACUGUCAGGAAAGGGAGGGGGGCCACAUGGUCUGUCCGCUCUGUGGAUACACUGCCACCCUUAGGGCACAGAUGGAGCGGCACCUGGCACUUCACAACCAAGUGCAGGACAAGAAUGCCAUCUCUUUGGAUCAAGGCAUGGAGACAAGGAAGUUCAAAUGUCUUCAGUGUGGGAAAGCGUUCAAGUACAAACACCACCUCAAAGAGCAUCUCCGCAUCCACAGUGGUGAGAAGCCUUAUGAGUGCUCCAAUUGCAAGAAACGCUUCUCUCACUCUGGCUCUUACAGCUCCCACUUAAGCAGCAAAAAGUGCCUUAGUGGUGGAGGAAAUGGAGGGGGAAAUGCAGGAGGAGCCAGUGGCGCAUUUAAUGGACAUAGCCAAAGCUCCUACCACCACUCAUUUCCAACGUCUCCCUCUGCAGGCAGUGGGAGAAACGGUAAUGACAAGGGCUCUUCAUUAGCUUCACUUACCCAAGAUAAUACCAGGCCUCUGGAUCCUCACCAGCUUUCUCUGCAGGACCCUAACCAGAACCCCACAGGCUUCCCCAGAGCUUCAGACCUGGCUCGGCUUUGGGACCCAUCAGCAGAGCUCUCUCUGAGGGCCAGUAUCCUAAAAGGGACCACCCUGCUGCCUUAUAUCCACUCUGGGACAUUUGAGCAGAUGCUGCAGGAGAUGCUUCACAGGGAGGUGAAGAAAGAUGAGGAAAUUGAUAGAGCAGGAGGAGCUGUAAUGGAGGAGAGGAGGGUGAUUUACAACGGAGGAGGGCCGGACAGGAAGAUGUCACCUGACAGGAGUGCUAGGAGAGAAGCAGUGAGGUCAGGUGAAGGGGAGAGAGGUGUGCUUGGAGUACCGUGUCGCUGGUGCUCGCAGCUUUUCCCCAACGUGGCGGUGCUCCUGCAGCACGAGCGCUACCUCUGUAAGAUGAACCGCGAGGCAGUGGAAAUGCCUGAGGGUCUUCAGGGCAAAGACCACCCCUCCCCACCUUUAUUCUUCCCUAGAUCUGCUCUUCAGCCCGAGAACAGCAAGCCAAGUGAAGUACCUAACGGUCUUCCUGGAAACAAAUCACCAUUACAGAAGACUCACUGGCAGUCGGUACCACAGCAGCUUUUGGUCGCAGUGCACUCUCCUCCUCAGCCCUGCCAUGACCCUCUGUCCUCACGGGCAUACUGGUCCAGCCAGGAAAAGGGCAGCCCCAGUCAGGCGAUUAACCAUUCCUCAGAGCUGUCAUCACCUCGAGCCAGAAGAAGAGUUCCAUCCUCAGGAUUCGGUUCUCCCAUCUGCCUCGACCUCACGAGCUGUCCUCCUGAACUCUCCUCGCCUCAGAACCAGAUAGGCAGCCCCUGGUCUGCACAGAGCGAACCUCUGGACCUCUCCCUGCCCAAGCUUCUCACGGACCAAGAGGGGAGACACAAAAUUGUCAACGGCAACUCAGCCAGAGGAGAGAGGAGAGAGCUCGGGACCCAGCAGCUACGGCGACCGAGUCCAACCCAACCCUCACAUCUAUCUCUUCACCAUCACCCUAUCUACAGCAGGCCUGGAGCUCCUGUGUUUCCAGGCCCCUUAUACAAUGGAUUUCCCAUCUUCAACCAGUCUGCUUUAGGGCUUUCAGCGCAUGACGGCAUCACAUCUAUUCCAUUCAGCCAGCCAGCAAAUAGCCCUGGGUUUCUCUCUCCUAUGGCCUACAUGAUGGACUCAGACACAGAGGCUACGCUGAAAAAGAUCCACCAGGAGAGACAAGCUCUCAUUGGUGAGGUGUUAAACCGUGGAGCUCUGGACUACCUCUCUCUGAUGGAUGAAGGGUUGGAUGGAGAUGGUGGGCCAGGGAGGAAGAGACUGAAGAAGACAGACGAGGGGCUCUAUGCUUGUGACAUUUGUGAAAAAACCUUCCAGAAGAGCAGCUCUCUGCUCCGACACAAAUACGAGCACACAGGCAAGCGUCCUCAUGAGUGCAAGAUCUGCAACAAGGCCUUCAAACAUAAGCACCAUCUGAUCGAGCACAGCCGGCUGCACUCUGGAGAGAAACCCUACCAAUGUGACAAGUGCGGCAAGCGCUUCUCUCACUCCGGCUCUUACUCCCAGCACAUGAACCACCGCUACGCUUACUGCAGCAAAGACCAGGAUCCAGACCAAGAUCACGAGGAGAUGCCUCUCACCCCAGGGGCAGGCAUCAACCUCGGGAGCCGCCUGGCUCUAGAGACCCCUCUGUCCAUGGAGGAUACCCAAACCCCACACUCUUUCCUCAGCGACUGCAGUCUGGAUGGACCUCCAGAGGUCCUCAAGGAGGAGGAGGAAGAGGAGGAAGUUAAAGAGGCAGGAGUUGGUGAUGGUCAUGUUGAAGAGGCAAAUGUGAGUUUGUUAGGGGAGCAGCUGGAAGGUAACCCCAUCCACCAAUCACCAGGAGAAGAGAAUAGAGAGCAAAAUGAAAGAAACAGUUGUGAUGUGGGGAACCAUAUUGACAUUGCAGAGAACCAGCUCUGGGACCGAGACACUGAGGACCAGAAUGGAGACUUGGACAAAUGUGAACUGAGCCUGGAUAUAACAGAUUUACCCAGAAUAAAAACUUAAGGUGACUUAAAUAAGCAAAUACAAUGCAUAUACUGUAUAUAUUAAUACAUUUGAUAGAUUUUUCCUCUCAUAUCUAACCACUCCAUUGAUUUUUUUUUUUUUUUUUUACUAAUUUUAACUAAUUUCACACCAUGAAAGAUGCACAGAGCUGCCAAAGCAUAAAUUACCUUAAAAUGGAUGAAGCCAUACAAACCAAAUAUAUCUGACUAUACAAAAUACAGUAUUUAAUUUUAUCAUGCAGAAUAGACUUCAUGUAUCUACAUUGUUUUUUAGGCUAUUUAACAUGUGCCAGGACAGCUCAAACAUUUGGUUUGACUCUUUGUGUCACACAUUCAGAUCGAAUCUCACUUUUUAGAUGCUUGCUGCUGCAGACCGCUGCACAAAAAAGAAAUUUAAAAUCCAAGAUUGAAAAAUUAGUUUGUUUGUUUGAAAUGUUGGUACUGUGAGAUGCAUGUAGACGCACACCAGCGAGUGGGUUAAAAAAUCAGGCCCAGAGGGAGUUAUUUUUAGAGUGCUGCAGCAUGUCAUGCAAGGCCAGAGGUUAAAGGUUACAGAUGCAGCCAUAUCAAUCGGAAAUGCCUGAUGCUCUGACAUUUUAUUUAUUCUUCCAAUAAGUGCAAGUAACAUUCACCUCUGAAUAUCCUGUGGUAUUAUUCGCUACAAAUCUUUACCUCUCUUUUAGGAAAUGAACAAUGUAUAAUGUUUUACAUGAAAAAAAAAAACACAUGCAGCUAUCACUUUGUCCCAAAGCCACUAAGUGCUCAAGUAUAUAGAAGUAUUUGGACUUAUGUUAUUUAUGCUGUGAAAUCACAAGGUACAAUCAGCUUGUCUCUUCGGGUUAACUGUGGUGCUCCGUCGCUUUAAUUAAUCAGCAGUUUAUUUAGUGUUUAAAGAAAGCUGUCAAAACAGGAAUUUCAUUGCAACAAAAAUUGAGGGUGGUUAUUUAUUUUUUAAACAGAAAGCAGUGGACUGCACAUUUUUCAUUGCAUGCUGUUGGGGAACAGUCAUUUCUGCAUGGGGUUUGAAAGUGGAAAAAGAUGAGGUCAGUCUUGGGGGUUUUCCUUUGAGGGAGCAAAUAAAACUUGCACUGUCUCACUGUUUGUGUAAUAAUCAUACGGAGCUGCUUUAUUUCAUUCAAUGCUAAAAUGUCUGCUAUUUCUUGUAAUAAUUUACAUGUGCUACAGCCUAUUUUCACACCCCGGAACAAUAAUGUUUCACACAUUUUGGGCUGUCUGUUGAGGUGUGGCGAGAGGGUCAAGACUCAGGACACAUACAUCAGUUGUAACUUCCUCUUUUUGACUGUGGUGUAGUCAACAUGAAAAGUGCCUUAGAUGUACUCAGACACUGUGAGUAAUCCGACAAAGCCUUGGUAUGAAGAGAUAAGACGGUGGUGCAUGAGGUGUGACUAAGCUUGUAGCAUUCAUGCAUACCGGGCGCCAAAGACACUUCUUGGUCAUGAUGUGUGUGUGUGUGCGUGCAUGUGUGUGUGUUUGUGUGUGUGUGUGUGUGUGUGUGUGUGUGUGUGUUUAUCGCCAAAGAUAUGCAUAUGUGACACACCAACUGCCACCCUACUCUUGCAUAGUUCCUUACCUGUUAUUUCUGGGCCAAAAAAACAGGCGAAAAUUGUUUACUAUCACUCAGUGUCUGCACACUUUUUUAUAUUAAGCAGUAUUUCUUAUUUUUUACUGGAAAUCAUGCAACUUUUGUAUUAUCUUUUUAUAUAUUUUUUGCAUGUUUGUGGAUAUUUGUAAUAAAAUUGUACAUACUUUGUCACCAGAA